CUCAGGGGCGCGGGCGAAAAAGAGCGAGAGACGAAUUCCUCUUAAAGCACACGCAGAACCUACGUCCUCCCCAUUCAGUCUCAUGGUUUCAUUGUCUCCCGCGACCACAGAAUAAGCCGCACACCAUGGUAUUUGAAGACUGGGUUGAGGCCUCCGGAGAAUCGGUCGAGAUCCUAGCCACGACCAUUUCCUCCUACUUCACGAAUAUAGGUACCAAGCUACAGUCGCACUGGCCGGGCAACAUACCCGAGCUCUCACUUAACAUCGACCAUAACGCAAUCAGCGAAGCAGCAAGCACCAACAUCAACAACCUCUACAACCAGAGUGCGAUCAUGGCGCAGCCGUUCGUGCUGGACCUGCCGACUAUCCUCUGUCUCGCGAUGGCGUUCGCGCCGAUGCCGAUCGCCUGGGUGCUGGGCAAACGGCUGAUCCCGGAACAUCACGAGCUGGGCCGAGUGUUCUUCUGGUGGCACGCGUACGACGCGCUCACGCACUUCCUGAUCGAGGGCUCAUUCCUGUACCACGCCUUCUUCAGCACGAUCCCGAUCUCGCCCACGAAUUCGCGCUUCGGGCCCGUCUUCCUCAACCGCCGCGACCGCGCCCACGGCGCCAUGUACGGCGCCGCCGCCGACCCCACCGCCCGCCUGUGGCAGGAGUACGCCAAGGCCGACCACCGCUGGGGCGGCGCCGACCCCAACGUCGUGUCCAUCGAGCUGCUGACCGUCCUGCUGGGCGGACCCGCCGCCGCCUACAUCUGCUGGGCCCUGUAUCGCCUGUCGCACGAGCGGCUCUCGCCCACCCAGCGCGGCCUGCUGGCCGGUCGCGUCUGGUUCGUCGCCGCCUGUCUCGCUACCGCGGAGCUGUACGGCGGGUUUAUGACCUUUGUGCCCGAGUGGCUGUCCGGCAGCCCCGCGUUGAACACCAGUCAUUGGAUGUAUGUCGUCGUGUAUCUAACGUUCUUCAAUGGACUGUGGGUCGUCGUGCCGAUCUGGAUCAUCUGGCAGGCCCUCCGCGAGGUGAGCCGCGCGUUUGUGGACUUCUAUGGUGGGAAAGCCCAGGGUGCGCCGGAGUUGAUGCCCGGCGCGGCCAACGCGGCGGGGGCCUCCUCACGCAAGAAGUGACAAUCAUGGACUGGGAGGUGGGUUCCGUUUGUCGGAAGGUUGAAUGAGCGUUGGCACAGUUUUCUGGCCUAAAAAUAGAUUGCUGGUGGUUUUCUUGUGUGUACAUACCCUGUAUCUGAAUGCUGCG